CCAACAUGGCAGGUGUAGGACUACAUUUGAAACUCAUGGAUAGUAGUAUUUCUCCCUUGUAGGACCAAAACUGAAAUGUAAUUGGUGGAACAUUAGCCAAAAGCCUGAGGACCUGAGAAGUAAAUGAGACAGAAAAUCAGUUGGUGACGUCACGCAGCCGGAGCGCGUGCGGCAGUGUACGGUGAAGUCGCGCGGGCCGGAGAAGAGCAGGAGAAAGUCUUCAACCGAAACCAGGACAGAGCCUGUUGUUGUCCCAGCAACUUGCUAACAGUUCGGACGAACCCCGAGCCGAGCCGAAGUGUUGGCCCGGCUCCGGAGCUCGCUUCGGGCUGUGGAGUUGACGGUGUCUCGGUGAACUCGGUGUGUUUUGGAUGUUAGGCGACGACAACGGGAGGAAGGAGGGGUAAUAAUGUCGGUGCCGUCUCUGCCGUGACCCAGCUCCAUUACUCCCCCCCGAAAAGACAGACAGACGGACGGGAGAAGUGAGGGUUCUGACGGAGAGGAGGACCGGAGAAAUGGCCGAAGCGGGUCGGACAGAAGAGGAGGAGGAAAACACGAUGAGGGACACCCGGGAACAAGUGGUCCGACGACAGCCCAACAGCUCCGGAGGUCGUCCUGACAGACGUAAGCCGGAGCAUCGCCACAGUCAGGGUCCUCUCUCGUCCAUCAGAGCUGCCAUCAAGAGAACCUCCACCAGGUCGACGUCUCUCUCUGAGUCGUCCAGAGACAGAGAGCGAGACCGAGAGCGAGACAGGGACCGAGACCGAGACCGAGACAGGAGGCGACCAGAGAUCACCAUCCUGUCAGCGGAGCCGCUGGCCUCCACGUCCUGGUUCCCCGGAGCUGCUGGAGGAUUCCCACCUCCCCCUCCGCCCGCCGCACAGAUCUGGGGACCCACAAUCCCUCCGACCAUACAGCCUCCUCCGUCCUACGAGGAGGUGAUCAGGGAGAAGACACAGGAGCAGGUCCUCCUGCCUUCUUCCUCCUCCUGCUCCUCCUCAUCACAUCUGGCUCCUACAAUAACCAUCGCCACGCAGACUGACCCAGGAUCUGACCCAGGACCUGACCCGGGAUCUGCCCCCGACCCUCAGGACUCGCAGGCGAGGAGACCAGUGAGACCUCCGCGGCCGCCGCUCCCCCAGCCUCCCAGACCGUCUCACGUUGAUGACAUCACCAUCACGCCCAGCCAGUCCACACUCUCGUCCCGUGACGGUGACAGCGUGGUGCCAAACACACACACGCCGUGCUGUGACCUCCUCACUGAUCUCUGUUCACCUUUGACCUCGACCUCUGGUGCUCAAACGGACCAAUGGGAUCAGUCUUCGGCAGCUGCUGACGUAGCAACUCCUCCCUCCGCUUCGUCUGACGUCUUGUUGGAGCGCCCUAAGCCACGCCCCCGCUCCAGGAUCAGUCUACAGCCAAUCAGCAGCGAGGUUAAAGUUCAGACUUUGGUGAAACUGCGUGAGGACGGUUUGGCCACGCUCGCUGCCCGCGCAGGAAGUGACUCCGUUAACCAGGAAGUGAGUCAGGGGAAGUACCUCCAGGAGCUGCUAGACGCCUUCAGCGCAGACGACUGGGGCUUCCCGGAUCGCCGCAGCGACAGCAGUGGGCACAGCCAAUCAGAGAGCGAGGAGGGAGACGGGGAGGAGGACGAGGAGGACAUGGCGACUCUGAGAGCGAGGAUACAAGCCUUUGAGCAGCAGCAGCAGCAGGUGGCUGAUGGGAGCUGUGGAGACAUUGUCGCCCCAAAGAGACCCGAACCAAGACCACGCCCUCGUCUCCAGGGGCAACCAGCCAAAUCUGUCCCUCCCAUCGUCGCCCCGAAACCCAAAAACUUUUCACAUGCCGCCAAACCAUCCAGCAAGGUGUUCUGGGAAGAUGGAGGCGUGUCAGCAGCAGACGCAGGGAGCGCCGAGGCUUCAAAAACAACCGAAGCUGCUUCGACAGACACUAAACUCCAAACUGAACCUUCAUCGACCCAGAGAUCUGCCCCCGCUCCGGUUCUGACACCCCAACCCUGCAAAAACCCUGAAAAACCAGCAGUUACACCAAAACCACAGUCAGCUACAGAAACCGUCCAGUCAGCUGCCCCCGUCCCGGCCCCCAGACCUCCUCCACCCAAACUCACCCCGGCUGUCAGUGAGCCUCCGUCCUUAGCCAACCCCAAACCUCCGCCCAGACCCACAGUCGCCCCCAGGGCCAGCGUAGGAGCACCGCCCCAGGAUAAGAGCACCGCGGCUGGGCGCACCACCCCAACUCUGCCCCCGAGACCCUCAGUGGAGGUCGGCAGCGGAGUGCAGACGGAGACGGGAAGUGACGAGACGCCGGAGCCGACUGUGAAAACAGGAAGUGGUCGUCCAGGCGUCCCGACCAAACCAGCAGCACUGACCUCUCCACGCAGAGCCAGCGCUCCAAAUCUGGCCCCCAAACCCUCUGUAGCCUCUUCAUCGCCUCCAGAUCCAAACCCGGUUCCACCCAAACCUGCAGCUGCUGCCCCGGCCACGGCCCCCAAACCUUCAGUAUCCACGCCGGGCCUCAAACCCCCAACCCCAGCGCCGGCUCCAGCUCCAGCUCCAGCUCUGAGGAAAGGCCCCGUGAUCCCGACCAGACCAGAAACCUCCAGCACUUCAAACCCCUCAGACCCUCCUCCCCCUCCACGGCCUUCAAGUGUGAAGCUCCUCCCCCUCCGUCCUCCACCAAUGAAGUCCACCCCUGGCCGACCGCCUCCUCCAGCCAUCAGCUCAUCCUCCUCAUCCAACCAGAUGACUCCUCCCCCUCCUCAAACAAGCCCCGCCCCCUCCAGUUCCCCAGCCAGCCAGCCGUUGUCUUCACAAACCACUUCUCCUGUUUCAGCCAAUCAGGUUCCGCCUCAAAAGGCACCAAAGAGAGGACCGCCUCUGCCCCCCCGCCCUAAACCUGGACACCCCCUCUUUAACAGCUACCCGAAACAGGAAGUCCUGAUCGUCCUGGACGACCCGAGCCCAUCAGAGCAGCUGUCAGGUGAGGGGAGGAGUCAGCCCGCUGUCACGCCGCUCAUCAACCCCUCACAGUGUCUCCUGGACCUGGACAUCCAACCAGAGCCUGCUCCAGAUCAGGACAGCCAAUCAAAACCUGCCUUGGAGGGCCUCAGCCUGUCCGACUCACAGUCCAUUCUGCCUGUGGCGCCGACUGAGCAGAAGGAACGACCCGACCCGCCUCCUGUCAGCGGUCCUCGGUGCGUCGCCUUGUUCGAUUACGAGGGAGAGGAGGACGACGAGCUCACCUUCUCCCAGGGUGACGUCAUCGCCCUCCUGGAGCUCAUCGGGCAGGAGUGGGGGCGGGGCCAGAUCCACGGGCGAAUCGGAGUGUUCCCGCUGAACUUCACCGAGGUAGUGGAGCCGCUCUCGCAGCCGGAGUCGUCGUCAGUGGAAACGGAAAGUGUCGCAGCACCAAAGACGUCACAGGACCCAGACUCAGAGGUGAAGGAGUGGGCCGUGGCUCUGUUCGACUUUCCCGGUCAGACUGCAGAGGAUCUGUCCUUCCACAAGGGGGCGCUGAUCCAAGUGACAGAGCACAUCGACGCUGAGUGGAGGAGAGGAUGCCUGGAGGGGAGGGACGGACUCUACCCUGCUGCCUUCACACAGCCCUGCCAGGCGCAGCCAAUCACAGGACAGCAGUCAGCGGUGAGAGCCGUGGCCAAGUUCGACUUCACAGCCGAGAGCGAGGACGAGCUCACGUUGAAGGUCGGUGACAUCUUAACGCAGGUGGAGUCUGUGGACGAGCAGUGGAUUAUGGGAGUUGUAGGCGAGAAGCGUGGGAUCGUGCCGAAAAACUACAUUUCCCUUCUCUGAGGAGUCAGCCAACAGGAAAUAGACUCUGUGAACAGGUCGGUGAACACCUGUCACACCUGCCAACUCGUGCUCCAGCGGUUUUUUCCCCCCAAAACUUUCCAGGUGUUUGUUGUGAUGUGCAUACAGCAGCCUGCUCUGUUCUUAUUGGCUGCUGAACUGGAGGAACUCUGAGGUGUGAUUGGACGCCUGAUGGAGUCAAACUUAUGUCACGCCGGUGAUUUCUGUCGUCCUGUCGGGUUUUCAUUCCUUCAUGUUUCCCACCUGGACUGGAUUUUACUUUUUUCUUUUCCCUCCUGAAGCUCAGUCUCAGCUCUGGACUUGAUGAUGGAAAAUGUUGGACGGAAGUGACUCAGAACUGUUUUAUCCAGCGUCAGCUGUCAGUUUUGACCUGGAAAGCCUGAACUCAGCAGGUUUAGAGAGGACGACUGAGUUAAAACUCACAUUUGUCUUUAACACAUCGUACCGUGAAGAGCAUUAUUCUCAUCCUGAGCCCCAGGAGAUUAGAAAACCUGAGUAAAAACUGAAUCAUGUGGAGCUUUAAGCUGAUCGGCUGCUGGGCAGAGGAUUGUAAAAGCAAAAGUGAAAGAGAAACAGGCAGGAUGUUGGUUUUUCUCUGAAGCCUGACAGGAAACAUCUGUGGUUGGUUGUUGUGAAGCACGGCACAGUGUUUGAAACGCUUUAUAACUCGUAGCACAAUUAGUAAAAUCAGCGUAGUUAAAGUGAACUGUCAGAGUGUUUUUGUGUUGGAUGACACUGUUGGUACCUUAAACUAUUUAUGAAAGCCAAUGUAUGUGUCGCACAUGUUUCUCUGAUGAAUUCUGACAAGAAACAUGUCAACAAAAUGUUUCACAUCCCCGAUAUUUGAAGCUUAAACCAGAUCAUUUCACAAACAGAACAGUAACUGAUGACAGGACGCUGCAGAACGUUCUCCAACAGACAAGUUGUCAAAGGAACGGUUCACGGUAACAGAGUGUGAGUUCAGUCUUUAUCUCCUCACCUACCUGCUGAGGUGAAGUCUCAGAGUCCACUAAACAUUUCUGAAGCUUCACAGCGUUCUCCUGAAAACAACAUGAAAUGUCUCCGUGCAGCUCGUCUGGUGAGAUCCACGUCUCCAAAAGUCCCAAGAUCACAAACUGACUUGAAGAAGAUUUUGUUUUCACAUUUUCUGAAGCUGAAUCUCGACUGUAGCUGCUGAACUAAAAGCGCUGAACCCGUCUGAAGUGAGUUCAUGAGCUCGACGGGACAUCAGUUUGGUUCUCCUGGAGACGUGAAUCUCAGCAGACGAGCUGCACGGAGACAUUUCAUGUUUUCAUCUUCACUCUGCGACCCUGUUUCACUGUGAAGCUCCAGAAAUGUUCUGUGGACGACGAGACUUCACCGGACUUAAUAUCAUCAGGAGGAGGAGAUGGAGACUGGAUCUAAAACAUAGGGUGAACUGUUCCUUUAAUACUUGUGCGGCAGUAAUCGGCCUGUUGUCGUCAUCCUGAUUUGUCCUGUUUGCAGCUCACUGACCGACUGCAUCACGAUGGACUCUUGUUCCUCCAGUCAGAUGCUUUUAAUGUGAAGCUGCUGCACAGCGACACGUUUGGUUUCCUUCAGCAGGAACAGGACGUUUAGUUUCUCCAGGAAUGUUGCCGCAGACGCCGGCUCACAAUACUGCAGAUCCAUAAAUACUGCAGCACUCUCCUCAGUGGCCGCAGGCUCAUCACUUUAAACGUUGAUGCGCUUUGUAAAAACUUUGUGUGUCCGCGGUGUAAAGAACACAUGAUUCAUGUGUAACAGGUUUCAAACAGCCGGCAGCAAACAAACACAAGUCGGCGUGUAGAUACGAGUCACGCAGCUCAGUCGUGCUGCACACACUUUGUUCCUGGACUGUCAACGUGUUUCUGGUGAAAACUUAAAGGUCCUUAAAGAAAUCUUGAUGCAGCCUGUUGACAGAGGAGGACAGUGUGACCAUCAUGUCACAGGAACACACCACUCAUACAGAAACUGCUCUGACGGAGGUUUGCAGAGGUUAGAAGCUGCUUUACGCCCAGUUUGACUUCCUGCAGUUGGUGUGUGUGUGUGUGUGUGUGUGUGUGUGUGUGUGUGUGUGUUAAAGACACACUGAAAGAGAUUCAUGAAGUGCUUUGUAACAUAUUUAAUAUCAAACCAAACAUUCCAACUUUUAAUACAAAUAAAACUUUGACACAUUUCA